CAGUCUGCAAGAGAAAAGGAACAAGCAACACAGAAGAUCAUCUACCUUGAAACAGAGAUUAACGGUUAGUUUUAUGUGGUCACGCAUGCAUGAAAAGAAAAGUGCGCGCGGACUAGGAAGCCAUUUUACUAAGAGUUGCCGAUGCUCAACUGACAAUAAGUCGUUUACCCCCUCCCUCCUCCCUCCUGCUUCUCGUUCCGUCAUAGUUCCGUCUUUGGUGUUUUCCCGGUUAACUUUAUCACUCAGACCUUGAGUUUGUUCAAACGUUUAUAAUAAGUAAUUGUAACAUUUAUUUGUUUUAACAGCUAAAGAGAAGGAGAUUGGCUUUCUUAAGCAAACUCUCUUUGAAAAUGACAAAGACAUAGCUGAUCUUAAAGAAAAACUGUCCCAGCUAAAACAAACAGUGCAAACAACUCAAUCUGAUUUUGUCAAGCACAUGGCAUCAAUAGACGAAAAGCUACAGGAGGCAAAGAAGAACAUUGCCGAGCUCGAAGGGGGCCUUAAUUUUACUGUCAUGAAGAAUAAAACAGAAGCUGAAGAGUCCCGGAGCAAACCACAAACGAUUAAUGGUGAGUAUGCAAAGUGGGAUGGCGUCGUAUCAACUGAGUGGUGACAACGCGGUUGAUACGAAGGCCUCGUCUUUGUGAACUCAUUUUAUGUUCCAGGAAAGCGUUAGGGCACGUAAUUAGAGAGGAAAGAGGGGUCUACAUCACCUAUCACUGAAAAUAAAUUGGUUCUUUCACAAGCUAAGGAAAAUGAAACAUACUCAAAAUCAACGAAAUCAGCAUUUACGGGCCUGACUUAAAAGUGUUUCCCAUUUCUAUAAAGGCACAACUUGUAAAUACCAUUUUCCAUCCUCAAGACAAGAAGAACAAUUUUACUCUGGCAACUUUUCAAUAAUCUUUUGAUUAUAUUAAGAGUUCUUCCAUGCACUUUGAUUUUCAUUUCUUCUUCGUCUUCUUUUUUUCGUUUUUUUUUCUCAACCAGGCAAAGUUUACUUUGACUUUCAACCAUCAUGGUUUGACACUCCAUCCAACAACGGUGGAUGUUUCAAAGUUGAAAACUUUCCAGUUACAGCAAAAGAUCUUGAAGCCUUAAGGAAUGUUAAAUCAAAUUCGAGGGCCGUCACUGAGCAAGCUAAAGGUACGACGAAGGAAAAAUACGAUUCCUCCACAGUCCAGAUCUGCGCGAAAGCAGUGUAGUCUUACGAGUCACAAACAGCUAGAUACCUACGAUUGAUAACAUGUUCUUCCGUACAUCGGCUUUGAUUUUUUAAUUUUUUUUUAUCUAGGCAAAAAUUAUUUUGACCAUCAACCAUCGUGGUUUGACACUCUAUCAAAAAACGCUGGAUGUCUUGAAGUUGAAAAUGUUCCAGUUAAAGCAAAAGAUCUUGAAGCCAAGAAGAAAGGUUUGUAGAGGGAAACUUGUAAAAUACGAUUCUCAUAAGUGAUGGUCCAAAUCUGUGCGAAGUACUGUAUUCUAAGAGUAACGAACCAAUUAAGCCAAUUAGAGUUGUCGAUGUACCCUUCAACUUUACUUUUGCAAUGUACUCGCCUGAUUCUAAUAAAAUGAGCAACUUAAUGAGGUGUUACAUCACCCAAAUAUAACACAGAUUCCUCUGGUAUUGAGGUGAACUUCUUUUCCAAGAAAACCAAAGUCGUAAAAAAACCAAUACAUAUCCCUACUUCCAACUUUGUUUAAGCUCAAACUGUUAAGAUUUCUGCUGUAUUCAAGACUCGUGGCUUAUCCAGUCAGAUCAACCCUUUUUCGGAGGAGGUAGCUUGAAUUGAAAAGAGUUAGCUUGCUCCCUUAUCGAGUGCUCAAGGUUACGGUUUUUGCGGCGGUUUAGAAUAAAUGUCUCGCUGAAAUUAAUCCACUUUUGGUUCAGUAAGCUAAAAAUCUCAGGUAUCUUUAUGUGGAAACGAAAUUCUCUGCCUUGCCAUCAUGAAACAAAACUUCAUUUAUCUUUCAUCUAGGCAAAGAUUAUUUUGACCUUCAACCAUCAUGGUUUGACACUCUAUUGGAAAACGCUGGAUGUCUUGAAGUUGAAAACUUUCCGGUCAAAGCAAAAGAUCUUGAAGCCAUGAAGAAUUUUGAAUCAAAUUCAAAAGCCUCCACUAAGCCAGCUGAUGGGUAUGAAGAAGAGAACUUGUAA